AUGGAGAAUGGCGUCUGUAAUCCUAAGCUAUCUGAUGCAGGACAAUACAUCACCCCUAUCACGCCAACUAAUGUCAGAUCCAGCGUCUCUCACGAGUCUCAUGGUUACAAACUUUGGAAAUAUGCUUUUAAAAGACUUAGAUCAGUUGACCUUGAUCCAUGGAAUGAUUUUACCUUAGGUCUUCCCGAGAUACCUGCCAUUAGACAUCGUUACAGUGCUAUCAAAAAGAAAUGGCUGCAUGAUAACAUCAAGGUGAAACUAGAAGCUAGAUCGUUCGACCAUGGGGCAAUGCGAGAAUGCUUUAGAAUGAAGAAACUACCUCAAUCAGGCUCACAUAUUGGGUCUUGGUCACAUGCUUCUAAUUAUGUAGCAAAAAGGUAUAUCAGUCGCACAAAUCGCCAGACCUAUUUUGAUGAUGUUCGACUCCAAAUGGAAGCCAAGCUUUGGGGAGAAGCUUUUAACAGACAGAAUCCCCCUAAAAAG